UUUCACAACAAACAACAUGAGAAUACUUCUUGUAGACGAUAUACCUUUACCUGCCCUUGGGUCGAUAUCCAUUUCGGUAAAAAUUCUAAUUUCGUUAGAAUGAGAGGACUCAUCUAUUCAGAAAAAAACCCAUCGGAUUCAUGAGGGAGCAUGAAAAUUUCUUCAUCUGCCAGCAAACUGUAACAAAAUUCGAAUUCCUAGAACUGUUUUCAAGAACAUUUGAGAGCAGGUCGUCGAUCGGAGAGAACCUAAAAUCGAUCGGAAAAAUUCGGACGUAACAACUGUAAGUACACCCGACAUCAAGGAAUAGGAAAAUAGUAUAAAAGAUAAGUAGACCCCUCAUUUUUGUCCCUCCAACUGAAGUUGUACUAACCUCCAGCAAGUCAUGUUGUAGCUGUAAUGUUAGCUAAGACCAUGAUGUGGUACUGCAUGUGUUUGAAAAAGAUAUGAUUUGUCAACCGCCCAAAAUGACAUAGAAAAGUACGUGAAAGUGUCCUGGUGUAAGAGUAAGUGUAAACAAGCCGCGGAACAGUUAGAAAGUUUUGAUAUGCGUGAGUGGGUAAGUAGGUAAAAAUCGCAAGUAGGAUGUUAGGUUCAUGUAAGAAUUAGAAUUGCAAUUAGCUUUUUCAAGUGAUGAAGGUAAUUUCCAAGUUUAAUCUUCAGCAUCCAUAUCCACGGUAGUCUUCCGGUUCUGUGCGUUUCGCCUUGAUCGAGUUUUCUUUAGGCGGACUGUAGGAGAGGCAGUGAUCAUCUUCUACGACUAGCGUAAGCUGUACAAAACGUGGAGUGAACGAAGAAACAAUCGAACAUACCCAGGAUCGGAGAGUAGAUUGCCUGGGCGGAGAAUAGAAAGGCGCUGAACGGAGAGUAGAUUGCCUGGUAGCAUGCGGCGAUGCACAGGCAAGGAUAACGACCAUCACGUAGUUUAUUGAGUCAGAUUGACGGAAUUUUUGAUUUGCACCACCCACCGGAGAUUAUAGUGGAACGAAUGCAGAGCCGACAAAUUUUUAUCUGACCACGAUCGAUCUCGUCCAACAAGAUGAAGAUGCAUUUGUCUCUCCUGUGCUGAAGACAGGUUCUUAAGCUAUCGAUAUCGGUUUGACGAUCGAUAGGAGAAGUCUUAUACAAUGCAAGGCGGUUUGCACUUUCAGGGCCCGUCGGCGUAUGGCGGUGCCAGCAACUAUGCAGUCGGAAAAACCUUUUACGGGACUGCGCCGGGGGGCGUUCGUACUUUAUGUUUAUACAUUAUGAGAAGUUAGGAAUAGGAUGUUUCUUUUUUCUAGUUAGGUCGGCUCCAUUACAACUUAUACAUUAUGAGAAGUACUAUCGUUUUUUGUGAUACGUUACACACACCUACGAUAUUUUCACCUGGACCACUUUCACCAUCACCGUGGUCUCGAGUACAUGUACCAGGACAACGAGUAUAGCUUGUCUCUACACCUUAAUUUUUUUUCGUGAUUUUUCCCAGGUCGCAUGCAGCUUCCGGAAGAAGCACAGCCACGACCCGUCGUUCCCGAUGCACGGUCCGGCUCCGCCCCUGACCCACACUUUGGUACAAAUCUACACAGAAUGAUGUAGCUCUGACAAUACUACAGAAAUGUAGUACUAGACUACCUAGACCUAUAAAAGUAGGCAUUGCUCUUGUACUUGUUCUUGUAUUUAGGCAUUGCUCUUUAAUACACUAUACGCAAAUGCUUCUAGAGAUCUAACCUAGAAAAAAAUCCAACAGCAUCGAUAUCUUCCUGAGUGACCUUUUAAUGAUACUACAGGGUUAGGCGGUCCCAAGGAGCAUGCGGAGACGGCAUAUCGCACUUUUCGAGAGUUGGUGAACGACGCGCAACCGAACUUGCGUUUGCUAAAGACGAAAAAACAGCAUUCGACACGAAGCGUCGGAAAUGGAGGAGUUAACCCGGCAUUCACGACGAUGAAUCAACCCCCAAUGUUGAACGGCGGAGGAGGCUCGCAGACUAUGCUGCAAUUACCAGCUCCGACAAACUUUGAAAUAGGCAUUAAGGACUUCAGACAGAAGCAUCAAAGGAAAGAAGUACAAGUAUUUGGAUUCAUUGACUUCUCUCUAAUACAUAGUACAUCAAGUAUAAGUACUACAAUUACGAAGAGCAGAUCAAAGAUGUCCUAUCUGUGAAUUACUUGAACAUAGACGAAGAUUGUUGUCAUGAAAAUAGAUGUUCUACUACUUCAGUACUGUUGUAAAUGAAAGCCUUGUAAGAUGCACUUAAGAGGGGAGAUAGGCAUUUAGGUCUUCUAACAACGCGACAGCAGCGGAAGGUUUGCCGGCUACGAGUAGCUAUCCAGGAGCACCGAGUUUUUAUGAAGUCGAAGGCCGCAGAAGACAUUCAGCCGCAGCAGGGGAUCAGCUUGCGGGUGCGGAAAAGCGUGAGGUAUAAUUUCAUUUCUCCUGUCGCUUUGUAGCUUUAUGAGAUUGUUUUGCGGGAAGUGUUAGAUGUGUUUAGAAAACUAAUUCGAUGCGGAAAAAUAUAUCUGUCAUAAAGCAGUUGAUGGAGAUUGGAAUUGAAACUGCUUCACUGUGGAAUCCACCAGGGUUCGGUAACGUCGAACGCGGAUAAUAUUAGACGGAUCUUGGCUAAUCGCAGGCAGCACAGUCAGCCGCCUUUGGGUUAUGGUGGUCCACCUCCGGAUGACUACGGAUAUGGUAAUCUUGACGUUGCGGGUGCCUCCUCAGCGAGCCAGAGUGCAGGCCGAAUACCGCGCAGGCCGUUGGAACGGUCGACGGCCGCGAUCACGGGAGGUGGGUCUGGCACACCUCUUUCCAUGCCAACUCCUUCCUCCUCUUCUUCGUUCCUCCCAGCAGGGGCUGAACAUCAUUUCAACAAUGGGCUAUCGCAAAAUGGCGAAGCAGGGCCACCGACGCACGGUGCUGCAACGGUGGGCGGCACGCCGAUGGCCUACACGAGCAGUGAGGGAGCACCAAGCUACCCGAAUCCCCGUAAUUCGGGCCUAGCGGUGGGAGCGCAAGGGAGUCGUAAUUCCUCAGCGGGACGUGGGAGCAGACGCGGUUCCGGAUUGCGGCGCAGGGUGGAUUCGUCUACUGUACCUGUCAUCGGUGCCUCUACCGUGGUUGGCUCCUCGGGCACCGCUGAUCCCGGCCAUCAGAACAAUCAGCAAGGACCGUCGUCGAAUCAUUAUAGUACUCGAAGUGGUAACAUAGGUACUGCAGGUGCAUCAGCUAUCCCUUCGUCAUCUUCUUCCUCGGGGAUACCUUCUUUAGCGCCAACAUCAGCGCAGCAUGCUCACCAGAGUGGAGUGAGUAGUACAUCAACUGCUAGUACCUCCGCGAGCAGUAAUCGUAAUAUCCCACAUCGGCCACCUGUCCGACCGGUGAAGCACACGAAAGGCUGGAAUGACGAUACGAGUGUCGUCCACCUCGACCCUGUACCAUUGGUGAAGAUGGAGCCGAAGCCGAAUAGUCGGCAAGGGCGCAAACCUGGAGGUGGUAACACUCCACUCCAGAAUCCUAAACCUGGUGCGGUUCAACACCUUGCACCAGAUCGGAUCGAAAAUACUCCUGGACCGCACGCGUCACCCGGAACCACGAAUCUUCCAACAGGAAUAGGACAUAUGCGACAAGAUGGAGUCCGCGUCGGCAAUGGCAAAGCCUCAAGUAGUACCUCGAAAAGCUCAAUGCUAGGCGGUGCAGCAGGAGGUGGAGGAGGUCUACACCCUCAAGGUCUGGGAGGAAAAGGAGGUGUAGUUCAACACCCUCAUCUGAGUCAACAGGCAACAAACGGCGGUGCCCAUCAACCCGAAGGUGUUGGUGGAGGAGUGUCUCAGCAUCAGGGACCAACCUCCUCGAACACUCAAGCCCUUGGUAGAUUAGAUUCAACGUCCACGACCGCAGUCGAGCCUCUGCCUUCUACUUUUAAGGCUACAUCAUCUUCCAUUUAGAAGAUGUACUUUCUCGCAACAUUCAUCACCCACUCUUGGUUAAAGAUAUUUUCUACCGGGAACAAAAUGCCAACUCCUGCUAUUAGUCAAGUAAGUAAGUGUUUCCCACAUUGACUUUCUUCCACUAUUCUUGAGUACGAGGAUUCAAACCCUAGGUAAUCUCUCUAAUGCAUUGCCAGUGAGGAGAAAAAUGCCGCCGGAUCCUGAGAAAGCAAAUGCGGCAACUAAUCUCCGAAGGGUUCUAGCAAAAGCGAAGGGUCUCCAGAGAACGAUGCCUGCAGCAAAUACACUCGGAAACGGGGAAAUAUUUGGUACUACAAAUUUCUCUAGGUCGGCGAAGAUAACUGAAUCGUUCGCGUUGUAGGCUAUUUAGAUUGUUUUAGAUGGAAUGGCAGGUUGACGUUCUGGUUUUACUGUAGUUUUUGUUUCUCAACUUCUCAGGUGAUCACUUUCCGGGACCGGCACAAGAGUCAACCUCGUUUCAGGACAUUCACGGCAUAUCACCACAGGAUGCAGGUAAUAUUUUGAGAAGUUGAAAUAUUGUGACCACGUAGUUCUUUUCUUUUUCUUAGUAUAAAUCAAAAACAUCUCUUUAUUGUACAUGUACAUCGACUUUAUUUACUAUAUUUCACUUUCUAAACUCCUGAACCUCCUCUAUCUUCACUCAACACUAUAUUUAUAUGAUAACUACUCGAACUCAACACUGUUCCAGGAAUUCACCGGGAUGUGCUGAACGUUCCGGGUGCCUCGAACCUUUCGCGAACAGGACCCGUGCGUGGACCAGCUAUGAAGCAGACUAGGCAAGCCCAGAGCAUGAAGCGCAAUGACCAUUAAGGCUUACCCUAGUCCAUCUUCGGAAGCAUCCUGUAGCGGCUCGUCUUUCAAGGAGAAAGUGGGGACAGGAUGCGUCUCAAGAUGGAGGACCAGGCAGCUGCGUCUAAGAUCAUCAGGCAGCCGCGGCAACAACUGCAGACGACGGUCGGCAUCGAAGCAAGGUACAGCGUAGUGCGGCUCAACACAUGUCCGACCACGAUCCACGUCAUCCCAGAAUGGGCGGACAAAAUUUUGAAAAUUCGGCUCAACACAUGUCCGACCACAACGCGGGGAUGUUGAAUGGCGGCACAUUGCGAGAGCCGCCGCCUGGUGCAUUCGGAGGAGGAGCUUCAGGUGCGUCGUCUUCGUGGAACAGCAAUGGUGGCGCGUCCUCUUCAGCAGAGAGAGCCAACAUAAACGGACCAACCCCCAGCUCAUUUGGCGGUGGAGCACCGACGACGCAGUUUGGCACCAGAGGACCUCCUGAAGCUGCUUACGAUGAUGCCGAUACUAGCAAUAGUAUGAUAUUCGCAAAGGAAGCAUACGAUGAAGAUGAGGGUGCGCAAGAAGAGGGCGGUGAUAGAAUGGCUUGUCCGCACUGCUCGCGCUGGUUUGCCGCGAAGCCUUUUGAAAAGCACGUAAAAGUGUGCAAAAAUGUCUUCGUAAAGAUUAUGGCAAUCUCUGAUUUUAAGAUCUAUUCAAAUUCCUAUUUUCGCAUGCAAGAGUUUUCCGUUUUUUCAAAGAAAUCGGAUUCCUCACGACCACUUCAGUCAAGACAAUUGGAUUGUUCACCUGAUUAAAAAUUGAAGAUAUCCACCUCCAGGUCGAUGACAAGUGAGCUCGGCAAUUUAGAUUUACGAUAACUAAGUAAAAAUAACAAACCACACACUUCUUUUGAGUUGAAGUUCUUGUUCUAAUGCGCAGCGAAAAGCGUUUAAUGUGGCCGCACAGCGCAUGGAGGACGAACAGAAGCAAGCGCUGAGAAAGGAGACGCUGAGACAGGAUCCAGCAGCGCCGCUUGUAAAAGAACAGAAAUGGAAAGCGAAGUCAGAAGAAUUCCGCAGUGCUAUUCGAAACGCACGAUUAGUGGGUAAGCAUUUCUAUUUGUCAACUCUCUCGGUGCAUGGUGUUCCACAUUUGGAGAUGCUUACUCCGCCGCCUUGUUGUAACUUGGAAUCGAAUCCGACUUUUCAUUGACGAAUACCUCGGGUAGUUGUUAUAUUCGAAGUAAAAGAAUUACUCAGCCCACUCUCUAUCUUCAACGUCACAUUUUUUUUCAUUUUCAUCUUUCAGCAUUCGCAGAGAAAACGGGGGGUCCAAUGCCCGAGUUGAAACCCACGCCAGCAGCGGCAGACGAUCGCGUGCCGUGCCCCCACUGUGGGCGGCGAUUCGCGAAGGAAACCGCAGAACGUCACAUCCCGAAGUGCAAGGACACAAAAGCCAAGCCAAGCCGCCUGGUUGCGGGUGCACGGAUGGCAUCUUCUCUAAACAAAACGUCAUCCCUGAACAAGACCACACCUUUGCCACGUCGCGAGAACCGAAAAAAGCUCUGACACGAUCAGGGAAGGAAGGGAGGAGCUGUAUAAGGGAAGUAAGGAAGAAGUGCGACAAUUUAUUAUCAUGUUGAAGUUGCGACAUGAAGGAAGAGGACAAGAAAUACUUGAUGACGAGUGAUCAACAUGUCGAGCGACAACCCUCCCUGCUUGCCAUCUUCUCAUUUAGCAUCCUGCUGUGGCUUCUACGAGACAAAAAGAAGUACCAUCAGGCUCGUUGUUAAUUAUGGUUGGUUCUGCCUUAUAAGUAUAUAAAGUAGCAACUCAUUUUGCUAAUGAAAGGUACGCCUGAGAAGUCCAACUAGACCCAGGCUAUGAAUACUAGAUGAAGCCUGCCAAAUGCUAUGAAUACUCACAAGAAUAUGAAGAAGAUACCUAGGCUUGGUAUUAGACUAUCCGCAUAAAGUUAAAAACUUGCAUUACGUCAACCAUUCAGAACUUGAUCAUCUGUUUUGCCUUCUGCAAAGCAUGAGUUUUUUAAUUUGUAGAUAAUCAUGUUCAUGUUUGUCGAUAGAACAGAUAAAUACGAAAGAAGCUCGCCAGCAAUGGCACGCUACGUAAAUCUCUUUAGUAUGGUUUCAGACUUAGUAAAUUUAAAUAUGGAUGAUUGAUCUUGUUGACACUACGCACUAGGUAUCUAGUCUGGAAAUUUUUGUCGCCCACAAAAAUUCUCUCACGUUUAGUUUUGAAUCACAAUCAGCAUUAGUCUUUUAAGAUUCUCUGUUGUUUUCCUGCUAGACACGCAGGAAUACGGUAACCGACGUAACUCACGCAGACGCACAUGAACUUUUUUGUCUUUCCCCAAUGAAUGCUAAUUAUUUAGGAGUAGAAUAUCAAUCUAACCAGCUGCAACAAAGUAGAUUUUUUUUUCGCCGCAUAAUGUUUUUUGUAGCCCUCCUCGAGCGGGGCCAGCUUGAUAGUUGAUGAUACAUAACCAUGAGUGCCGUUGGGAGCCUUUGG